AUGGGAGAAAAGCAAAAGGUCACCACAAUAAUGAAACUCAAAGUUGAUCUUCAGUGCAAUAAAUGCUACAAAAAAGUCAAGAAAGUUCUAUGCAAAUUUCCUCAAAUUCGAGACACUGUGUACGAUGAGAAGAACAACGUGGUAACAAUCAAAGUGGUUUGUUGUAGUCCUGAGAAGAUCAGAGACAAGAUUUGUUGCAAAGGUUGUGGUGUCAUCAAAAGUAUAGAAAUUCUUGAACCUCCUCCACCUCCCAAACCCAAACCCAAAGAACCAGAAAAACCCAAGGAGCCUGAAAAGCCCAAAGAGCCUGAAAAGCCCAAGGAGCCAGAAAAACCAAAACAACCGGAGAAGCCAAAAGAGCCUGAAAAACCCAAGGAGCCUGAGAAGCCAAAAGAAUUGCCUCCUCCACCGCCGGCGCCGAAACCCAAACCACCGAAGGAGCCUGAAAAACCACCACCACCGUCGCAGCCGGAGUACAUACCGGGACCGCCACCUUCAAUUCCGGUAUGUCCUCCGCAGAUGGUAGUUCCAAUUGGGGUAUGUUGUGGAUCAUGCUAUGAAGGUAGGGAAGGUGGGCCAUGUUUUCAGGGCUACGGUGGGCCACCACAAGUAAGUUGUUACGAUGGGUAUUACGGGAGACCGAUUUAUGACAGUUACGGUGGUGGGAGACCUUGUUAUGUGAGUCGUUGUGAUGAAUAUUUGUGUGAAGAAAAUGCAUCUGGUUGCACGAUUAUGUGA